AUGCAAUAUCCAAAUGACAAGUCCCACUCCUCCUUCACCCAUACUUUGAGGAAAGCAUCAUCAUCCUACUUGACGAGCGAGUCAAGCACAUCACAUUUGCAGCGAUUACGAAACAAGAAUAAUCAUCGUCAAAGUGCAUCCACUAGUGGUGGUAGUGAUCAAAUGGAAAUCGAGAAGGAAAACUACUUUGAUCUGAAUAGCGCCAAACUGAUAUACUCCGAUAAGUUGAACCAAUGGGCGUCCGCGUCUACUAUGUCCACUACUUCUGCCACCACACCAACCAAAGCAUCAUCUUCAACUUCUUCCUCUAGAAGACUAUUCUUGCAACAAAAGACUUCAAACUCAUCAGCAUCAGCAUCAUCAUCAUCUUCAUCAUAUUCAUGCUCAUCUGACUCACCACCAAUGCUCAAUCGAACACCACUCAAGAGCUUGACUAAUUUUCCCUUAAAUGUCAAGGAGAAAACCAAGGCAUUCACUAAAUCAAUGACUGAAGUAGUAUCCAAAUCGUCACAUAGCUUCUUUGCCAAUUUACACAUGACUCCAAAGUUAACCGAGUGCACUUCGACAUACGACUAUGACGAUGCGGAUGAGGAUGAGGAUAUACCCACUGAUUGUGAUUCUGGUAAUUACAAUGACAAAAAGGGGACACAUGAGGAGCACGAAAACGACGAGGACGAAAUAGAUUCUGAAGACGAGGGUGAUGCUACCUUUGACACUAUCAACAUAGAGUCCCCUAUAAUGCAUAGAAAAACCAAUAGCAUACAAAUAAAUCAACAACAAGAAGAAAAUUACAAUCAUGAAACAUUGUUACAACUGCCUACUCGCAGUACCCACACAAGGGGCCCUCCAAUUACAACCCGACCUAAAACUAUUAGACGUAUUCAUUCAGUUUGCGAAACCCAACGUGAGAUUGAUAAUUUCCAACUACAUGAAGAUAAUUCUCAAUUAAAGCACACCAAUAUACACACAUUCACUCUGGGAAAUGAUGUGUUGCCCCGUAUUAAUGAAGAUCAAUUAUACAAGAUUCUUUGUGGGGAACACAAGCACGAAUUUGAUGAAUACAUCAUUGUUGAUUGUCGAUUUGAUUAUGAAUAUCAUGGCGGUCAUAUAAUUAAUGCCAUGAAUAUAUCCUCUAAGGAAGCAUUGGAAAAUGCAUUUAUCAAGCAAAUUCACGAAAGCCAUCAACAGGGAUCCUCUCCGGCAACAAACAAUAACAACAAUCACAACAGCAACAAGAGUAAGAAAAAGUUGCUUAUUUUCCAUUGUGAGUUUAGUAUUUUCAGAGGUCCAACCAUGGCCAAGCAUCUUCGUAAAUGUGAUCGAAUGAUGAAUCAAAAUUCGUACCCAUUCUUAUCGUGGCCAGAUGUUGUUAUAUUGGAAGGUGGGUACAAAAGAUUUUUCACCAAGUACAAGUCCUUUUGUUUCCCACAAAAUUAUGUUGAAAUGAAGGAUAUCAAGCAUGAAGUUUCUUGUGAGGCCAAUUUAAGUCGAGUUCGAAAAGAUAACAAGUUGUUAACUAGGGCGAAAUCGUUUAAUCAAUUUGGUGGUGGUAACAGUGGUGGUAUUGGUAGUGGUGGAAAUGGUGACCAUUUACCAAACAGACCAUCAGCAUUGACAUCAGCAAGUACAAAUGACUUUUGGAGUAUGUCAUCUCAUAGUCGCUCAUUAUCCUCGAGUUCAUCAACCACUUUGAACAGUGGUAAAGUGAUUAAACGUCAACGAUCACAUUCCAAAGUCAAGUCAAUUAGCACCAAUUUAAACACCAAAUUAACACGAGCUAAUACUUUUACUUUUGAUCAACCAAUUUUUACUAAUAAUCUGCAUCAAUUAUCAUCAUCGUCUUCAUCAAUUGCGUCAACUUCGUCACCGUUAACUUCUCCCUUGUUUAGUAAUUUUGAUUUUAGUGAAGAAGUUGAAAAGGAGAACCCACUGCAUUUGCAACAACAACAACAGCAACAUAUUCACACGCAACACCAUCCACAACAACAACAACAACAACAACAACAGCACCAAUUGCGGAGCUUUUUACCACCCUCUACAUCCUUCCGUAACUCGCACCACCAUAAUCAACAACAACUGCAUCACCAACACCACAAAGCGCAACUGUCACUGUCGUUACUGCUGUUGCUGCUGUAUCGUCAUCGUCGUUCAUUUUCUUCGAAUAUGUCAAAUUACUCGAGUUUCUCCAACUACUCAUCCUCCUCGAUAUCAAUACAUUCAUCAGCGUCGUCGAUUGUGUCGGAAAAUAUUUCCCUGUCUACUGAUUCCUUGAAUGAUGAUGCAUAUGUGGGAUCAGAUAUGUUUUCUCGACCACCUGGAACAUCAGUAACAGGAUCAGCAGCGGGAGCAGAUAUCUUUGAUGCCAAAAGGUUAUCUUCGACUUCAACACCAACAUUGCCUACUGUUGCUUCUUCGAUGAUGAAACCAGUAUCACGCAAACCAAGCUCAUUGCAAACCUCAUUGGCGGCACUAGCUCCAACAUCAGUCAUACAAAGAAAUGACACAAUUAUUGCAUCAUCGCCUGCUUCGCAUGCUAAUUCGCAUUCGCAUUCACCAACACAUUCUCGAUCACCGUCUCGAUCACCUUUUCUUCAACCUAGUUCUUCAUUUCAGUUCCCACCACGACAAAAGAAAUCAAUGUCAACGUCCAAUGUCAUUGGCACAACUCUGGCAUCGCCUACUAUUCCAUCGCCAUUGAACUCAACCACAGCAGUGGGCACAACUAUGCGUGCAUCCUCAAGGUCGAGAUCAAGGUCAAGAUCAAGAGCAAGAGAAAAUAGUAUUGGCUCCUUCACUUCUUCCUCCACUCCAUUCUCAUCCCUGAUUGAUGAUUACGUCGAAGAAGAUGAUGACGAUGUCAACGACAAUGACAAUGACAAUGAUCCCAUCAAUGCUUCACCGGUUGAUUUCAACGUUGGAGUACCACUUCAACAUCAAUAUGCUGCUACAUCACGCGGUCGCACUCAAUACCCGUAUAAUAAGAAACACCAUUAUCAUCAAUUGGCAACUAAAUCAGGGUUGAAUACUUGGUCAAACGGCGGUGGUGGAAGUGGACCUGGCAGUGGUGAUCAUCAUCAUCAUCAUCAUCAUCAUCAUCAUCAUCAUGGGCGAAGUCACAGUAUUGGCCACAGUAGUAAUGACACCAUUGUACUUGAUGGCAUGAAUAAUGAAGUAGUUGGAGGUGGUGGUGGGUAUGGGUACGCUAAUGUUUCUUCAGUUGAUGAUAUAACUGAAGAUGAUGAAGAGGAUUUAUAG